AUCGUUUAUUAGUGAUGUGCGUUUUUCUAUUUGACAUCCUUUGAUUUAGUGCUGUUUGUCCUCACAUGAUCGUGGCUCUAGAAUGACGAUUAAAAGACGUUUAAGUCAAAGCUGGAGGGCGCGGGUGUGUUUUGGACGCUCGUUUCUUUUGCCUCCAGUAAAUUUGUUUCAGACUUUUUGUUUUUUUAUUUUCUAACCCACUGACGAGCUGGAGGUUUAUUUUAAAACGAGCUCCAUUAAUUAUUCGUCCGAUAAUAACAUAUUAAUACCCUGAUUGGCUCUUCGGCUUCACUUCCCCAGUGACUCUGACAUCAUUACAAGCUUCACAUCCUUUCACAAUAGUGGCCGUUUAAGUUGGCACCGACCGGAACUCGAUAAGGAAGAGUCCUUAUUUAGAAGCCAACCUCCUCGUGCGUCACGCUGAGUCGCCGCUGCGCGAAUCAGCAACUUUGACAAGUGCGGCGGCUUCAUUUAAUCGCCUCCUAUGGACCAAGCGCCACUAUGUCUUUCUUCUUGGGGAAUAUCUUGUUCAUUUUAAUAGUUACCGCUGACAGAGUCGGGCGGUCCCGGUCCUUCAACGUCGGCACAGCCGGGGCCAAGGUGUUCAGCGGCUCGCCGUCAGAGGAGUUUGGCUACUCGGUCCUGCAGGCAGCAAACCACCAAGGCCAAUGGCUGCUGGUCGGCGCUCCGUGGAGCGGUUACAGCCAAAACAGGAAGGGGGACAUCUACAAGUGUCAAGUGUCCGGCUCUAAAAACACCUGUGACAAACUGGGUCUUCAAGAUUCUCUCAGCAUUCCAUCAGUUAAAAAUGUCAACAUCAACAUGUCCCUUGGUUUGACCCUGAUCCGGAUGCCGGCACUCCCCGACACGCUGAUGUGCGGCCCUCUCUGGGCACAGCUGUGCAGCAGUCAGGACUUCUACCCAGGGAUCUGUGCCAGAAUGAACCCCCUCUUCCGGCCUCUACCUGCCUUCUCUCCUGCUGUCCAGACGUGUGGAGGACCUAUGGACAUUGUGAUUGUGCUGGAUGGCUCCAACAGCAUUUACCCUUGGGCUCCAAUGACGCUCUUCCUGCAGAAGCUAAUAUCCAAACUCGACAUUGGGCCUGACAGCACACAGGUGAGCGUCAUCCAGUACGGUAUCGACCAGAGGGUGGAAUUCCAGCUGAACACGUUUAAAACCCAAGCUCAGAUGAUCGCUGCUGCGUCCAGCAUCACACAGAUGUACGGGACACUGACCAACACCUUCCACGCCAUCCAGGCGGCCAGUCAGACAGCGUUCAGUAAAAAGAACGGUGGGCGUGCAGGCGCCGCCAAGGUGAUGGUGGUGGUCACGGAUGGGGAGUCCCAUGACGACAGCAUGAGGGAUGCGGUGAUUGCAGAGUGUGACAAACAAGGCAUCACCCGCUUUGGUAUCGCUGUCUUGGGUUAUUACAUCAGAACCAACAAAGACACGAAAAAUCUGAUUGCUGAAAUUAAAUCCAUCGCCAGUUUGCCCACGGACAAGUUCUUCUUCAACGUGUCUGAGGAGGCAGCUCUGUCCAACAUCGCCGGGACGCUGGGAGACCGCAUCUUCAGCAUAGAAGGCACCGGAAAAGGCGGUGACAGCUUCAAGAUGGAGAUGUCCCAGGUCGGGUUCAGCGCUCACUACUCCAGUCAACAGGAUGUGCUGAUGCUGGGGGCGGUGGGAGCCUACGCAUGGAGCGGCACUGUUGUCCAUCAGACUGGGCCGAAGGUUGACAUCUUCCCCUUUUCAGCUUUUGAGGGAACCCUGCAAGACAGAAACCACAGCUCGCUACUGGGUUACUCUGUCACCACAAUGAGCGAUGAGUCUACUCUGUACUUUGUGGCCGGUGCGCCUCGCUCCAACCACUCCGGUCAAGUCAUCGUCUACACCCUGAAUGCCCAGAAGCAACUAACCAUCAUAGAUUCAGCAAGAGGCAAACAGAUUGGGUCGUAUUUUGGAAGUGUCCUGUGCUCGCUGGACGUGGAUAAAGACGGAGUGACGGACCUUCUCCUAGUCGGCGCCCCAAUGUUCAUGAAUGAGCAGAGGAGGGAGGAGGGCAAGGUCUACCUGUUCUCUGUGACCAAGGGGAUCCUGAACGAGCAGGGAUUCCUCUCGGGUCCAGCCCAGAACGAGAACGCACGGUUCGGGAUGGCCAUUUCUGCCGUCCCGGACCUGGACCUGGACGGCUACGGGGAUGUAGUCGUAGGAGCGCCACUCGAAGACCAGGAAGUGGGCGUCAUUUACGUCUACAACGGCGAGAGGAAAACGUUAAGGAAGGAUUUCUCCCAGAGAAUCCUUGGCUCCAAGCUGGAUCCCAAACUGCAGUAUUUUGGACGAUCCCUCGAUGGCUACAAGGAUCUGAAUGACGACACGAUCCCUGACAUAUCAGUGGGAGCCUACGGCAAAGUGGUGCAGCUCUGGUCCCGGGGUGUCGCGUCCGUCUCCACCAAAGUCUCCUUCACACCUGACAAGAUCAACAUUUUCAACAAAGACUGCGACGUCGCUGGACGCAAGCUGACGUGCUUCAGCACCCACCUCUGCUUCAGCGCUGCGUUCAGGCCCAAGAACCCCGUCGGACCCAUCGACAUUUCGUACACGCUGACUCUGGACGCUAACUUGAGGGAUUCACGAGUCACAUCAAGAGGAAUGUUCACCAAAAACAACGAGCGCUCCCUCACGGAGAAGGCAAAAAUCGCUUCCACUCUCCUGUGUCAGGACUACCAGGUCUACGUUCAGGAGACGCCGGACUUUGUGAAUUCCCUGAGUCUGAAGGUAGAAAUCGAGCAGCAGAAUGCAGACGUGAAUCCUGUCCUCGACGUGUUUUCUCCAAACGCCUCAGAGUUCUUUAUUCCGUUCACCAAAGACUGCGGCUCCGACGACGUCUGCCUCAGUGAUCUAGUGUUGACUGUGGCGACAGCCUCGAAGGGAUCCGGCUCCGCUCCCGUUCUGGUCAGCGCUAAUAACCGGGAGCUGUCCUUCGACGUCGUUGUGAGGAACAAAAAGGAGAACGCGUACAACACUCGGGUGUUGGCCACCUACUCCAGCAACCUCUACUACUCCUCCAUCUCUGUCUCUACAGAUGAGGUCAAAUGCACAUCAGCUCAAGCGCAGACCAUCGCCUGCCAGGUGGGAUACCCAGUUCUGAGGACGGAUAAGGAGAUUAGGUUUCGGAUGCAUUUUGACUACAGUCUGAAUCAGUUGCAAAACCGAGCUGAGGUGAAGUUUGAGGCCCAGAGCGAUAGUGAUGAAGAAAGUCUUGCAGACAACAAGGUGGACGUUUCCUUCCCUGUUCAGUACGAUGCAGGGAUUGUUUUAUCCAGACAGUCAAAUAUUGAGUUCUACGUGGCAGAUGUCAUCAGUCCAAUAGUAACAACGGUGAAAACUCUGGACGACAUCGGCCCAGAGUUUAACUUUACAGUGAAGGUUUCGACAGGUAUCUUCCCCGUCAGCCUCCUGUAUCUGACCAUCGCUCUGCCAGUGGCCACUAAAGGUGGGAACCAGAUGCUGUACGUUACCAGCGUGGAAACAAAUGCCGGAGCUUCCGUCAGCUGUGACUCCGGCAGCAUCGUCGACCCGCUGAAGAUCGCUAUGAAGGAGCGCAAGGUGUCGUUCUCCGAGGAGAGUCUCCGACGAAUGGACAAGCUGGACUGCAGCAAUGCAAAAUGCGAGCACGUGAAAUGCAUCCUCAAAGAUACGGAUGUUAAGAGCGACUACUUUGUGAAAGUUAAAUCGAGGAUCUGGAGGGGCACGUUCGCUUUGGCUACGUAUCAGAGCAUCGAGCUGACCUCCAAUGUGGAAGUGGAAACCUCCAACCCAGACCUGCUGGUUAUUGGCCUCAAACGGCUUCCAGUGGUGGUGACCAUCAGUAAACCUGGGGAGACGGCCGACGUUCCCAUAGGUGUGAUCGUUGGCAGCGUCUUCGCCGGGCUGCUGCUCUUGGCGCUGGCCGUCGGGCUGCUGUACAAGUUUGGGUUUUUCAAAAGAAAGUACCACCAGCUUCAGAUGGAGGCGGAGGAAGACGGACAGAGCCACGCACACAAGGAUGAAGUGCUCUGAACCAGUAAUAAACCAGAGCCACCCAGUGCGGAUACUGGUGCUUCUCACUGGUACUUAUCAAGUGCAAAUGGAGCGAGUCACUGGCAUCCAAUGGGAGCAGGUGACUUUGGAUGACUCACCUGUCGGAGGAAGCCGUCUGUCAGCCUUUCUCUUUGCCUCCACGCGGCGACUGCUGUUAUGCAAUGACUUUGAAUGUUUGUCCCAGUCCCCCCACCAUCCACCACACAACCGCCUUUGUUUUAAAGUUUUUUGGGCAACUUGAUCAAAUAAUAACAGUUUUAUAUAGAAUUUUGUACAGCAAUUACUGUAGCUCGUUGUCAAGACGAUGACAUUGAGUCUGUAGCUACAGUAAAGCUGCCUUCAGAUCCUUUGUCACCUCUGCUCUUCUUGCACUAAGACUGUUAAUGUAAAUUAGUUUAAAAGUGAAAAGGAAAAAUUGUCCAUGGACGAAUGGAGGAUAUCACCUCUUUCACUGUAUUUCUACUGUAUAUACUGUAAGAUACAAUUGUGGUUUUACAUGUGACUGUAGAGGUCCAUGAGGGGUCAGGUAUGAAUAUCUCACUAACAUGCUCUUUGCAUGUUAUUUAAUGAUUACAGUAAAAAUGCGUGUUUUCUUUACUUACUUAUUUUUAUUUUUUACUUCUGUAUUUGCGAGACUCUUCUUUAAAAAUACCACAAACUGACUACUGUAAUUGCUUAGUUGAAUCUUUAAUAUAUUCCCUGAGGCACAGUCCUCUACAUCUUGUAAACAAAGCACAUGCAAAUACUGUUUCUGGCAAAGAGAAGUUCCGGAUUUAUUCAU